CGGCGGCCAAUUUAGACGUUUUGUAUUUCUCGGCCGUAUCAGCAAUGUUCUCGCCGCUUUUCCUGCUGCCCCUCUUGGCUCUGGCCGGAGCGGCUCAGAUACCACACAUUCAGCACCUGACAGUGAGGAGCACGGAGCAGCUGCCCGUAGAGAUCCAGCCCCUGAUCAUCGACGGCUACGACGUGCAGGGGGUGGACAAUGUGCCCUACCUGGCGUCCUUGUCCCUGACCAAGGCCACCUACACCCACGUGUGCGGAGCCUCCAUAAUCGGCAAGCGUUGGCUUCUUACGGCCGCUCACUGUGUGGCGGAGCUGAUCAAGUUCAACGGUGAUGCCGUGGGAACCCCGGUUUACGCCGGGAUCGUCAACCGAUCCAACGUGACGACCGCCCAAGUGCGCUACGUGGACUUCGCCUCCACGCACCGGUCUUUCAACGGCAAUGCCGGGAGUGAUAACAUAGCCCUGCUCCACGUAUCCGAGAGCUUCGAGUACAGUGCUCGAGUGCAGCAGAUCGCCCUGCCCGACAUCAAUGAUGACUACAGCAAUAAGACGGCCGCAGCCUACGGCUGGGGACUCACCGACGCCGACGGCGACGAGUACUCCAAGCAGCUGCAGUACGCCUUCGCGCCCCUGCUGAACAGCACUGCCUGCAAGGAGCUGCUCCCUUCGGACGCCCCUCUCACCGCGCAGCAGGUGUGCUCCCAGGUGAAGACCUGCUACGGAGACGGCGGCACUCCGCUGAUCUACUGGCCCAUCACCGGACCCGCGGAGCUGGUGGGCCUCGGAUCCUGGAGCUACAUGCCCUGCGGCUAUGCCAAUCGGCCCACGGUCUACACCUCCGUGCCGGCCUACGUGGGAUGGAUCUACCAAGUGAUCGCCGCCUACUACCAGCUGAACUGAGCCGACCCAGGGCCAUCAAGGGGAAGAUCUUUGCGUAAUACUCUAAAUAGUGCUGCAUUAAAGUAAACACCAAGAGUUUCCGUAUCUUAUCACGGAACUGGUUAACGCCAAUCGAA